AUGGCAAACGACUUGGGUUCGGCCUUGGAGCACGCAGGCGGCAAAGGCCAAGAGAGAGAAGGCAUCUCUCUCAAAACAUUCAUAGCAUCUUUAGCGGCUGCGCUGAUCAUUUUUGCCGUUGAAUUCCUCUUGUUCCUGGCUCUCAAAGGAAAGCUCACGCGCAUCUACCAACCCCGAACAUACCUGGUCCCCGACAGAGAACGUACUGAACCGUCGCCCCCCGGCCUAUUCCAUUGGAUCAGCCCGAUCUUUCGUACUUCCAGCUCCGAAUUUGUGCAGAAAUGUGGCCUGGACGCAUAUUUCUUUCUGCGCUAUCUGCGAAUGCUACUCAAGAUCUUUCUUCCGCUCGGCUGCAUCAUCUUGCCGACGCUAUUAACUGUUAAUAGAGUAGACGGCAAAAACCAGUCAUACAAGAAUGGCACUGAAACCGGGGAUCGCUGGAAUGUGACUGGCUUGGACCAACUAGCCUGGGGUAACGUCGCCCCAGAAAACACACACCGUUACUGGGCUCAUCUGGUUAUGGCCAUUAUUCUUAUCGUCUACGUCUGCUUUGUCUUCUUUGACGAACUAAGAGGCUACAUACGUCUUCGCCAAGCCUACUUGACUUCUCCCCAGCAUCGAUUGCGCGCUUCCGCGACGACAGUUCUGGUGACUACCAUUCCAGAGAAAUGGCUUACUGUGGAGGCUUUGGAGGGACUGUACGAUGUUUUCCCCGGUGGUAUUCGGAACAUCUGGAUUAACCGAAAUUUCGACGACCUUAACGAAAAAGUCAAAGAGCGGGAUAAGCUUGCGUUGAAACUCGAGACUGCAGAGACGGAGCUAAUCAUCAAGUGCAAAAAGGCUCAAAUGAAACAAGCCAAAACCGCUGCCAGAAAAGCUGGAGGUAAGGGCGCUGAGAAGAAAGAGCAGGAUACAGCAAAUUCCAAAGCUUCAAAAUUGGCCAUAGGAGCUGGUAUCAGCUCCGGCGAUCCACACCAGGCUCAUACACUUCAAGAAGUCCUGCAUCGCGAUACAAUGUCUUCAAACGAUCCGAGAACUCACAAGCGGAGACAUCUUAACCCGCUAGAGCCGGCUGUGGGACUGGCGGGUGCUGUCGGUCAGGGGGUCGGUAGGUUGGGUAAGACGGUCUUUGGCACCGUCAAAAGACACGAUCAUCGUACUUCGGAUGGGGAUAUCAGUGGCUUGGAGAGCGCUACAGACGAGAAUACUGCUGGUCAUCCCACCGGAGAAGGACCUGCAGCCAGACCGAGUGCCGAAGGAGACAGCUCGCACCCAAAGCGGCCCUUUUGGAAAAGCCGGCCGUCCACCCUUUCUAAAUCAAGUAACAGGACAGAGCCUGAUGAGCUUCCGCUUACGGCUCCAGAGUCUCCUGUUGACGGUGAAGGUGACUAUUCUAGUUCUAGCGAGGACUCACCGGUAAAGGCUCGUGCAGAUAAUGACAUUAGCCUCUCGAGAAACGACGGCGCCGAAGUCGAAGAUGACACCUACCCAGUGGCAUAUAACGAGAAUUUCGAGAAAGAAGAUCUCGGUGAACCACUAUGGAAGAAGUACAUCCGUCCAAAGGAUCGAGAUACCAUGCGGUUGCCGAUUUUUGGUAUCAGUUGGAUGCCUUCGAUCUGGCUUCUGGGAAAGAAAGUUGACACUAUCGACUAUUGCCGCAAAGAGGUGGCUCGUUUGAAUCUCGAAAUUGAGAUAGAUCAGCAACACCCCGAGAAAUUUCCGUUGAUGAAUUCGGCCUUCAUCCAGUUCAACCACCAGGUGGCUGCGCAUAUGGCUUGUCAGGCUGUCAGUCACCAUGUGCCCAAACAGAUGGCUCCCCGCACAGUGGAAAUUUCACCAGAUGACGUUAUCUGGGACAACAUGUCCAUCAAAUGGUGGGAACGCUAUCUACGCACAUUUGGGAUAUACGCUAUUGUCAUUGGUAUGGUGAUAGGCUGGGCGUUUCCGGUAGCCUUUACUGGAUUGCUGUCCCAGCUCUCGUAUCUUGAAGGCGCAUUCACAUGGCUCUCCUGGAUAAACAAAAUGCCAGAAUGGCUUAUUUCCGCUGUUCAAGGUAUCUUGCCUCCCUUGUUCCUGGCCAUACUGAUGGCCAUCCUGCCAUUGAUGCUUCGCUUCCUAUGUCGAGCACAGGGUCUUCAAACAGGCAUGGGCAUUGAGCUCACCGUGCAAAAUUACUUCUUCGCAUUUCUCUUCGUCCAGCUGUUCCUGGUUGUUGCAAUCGCAUCAAGUUUCUCAACCAUCAUCGAUAAUAUCACCAACUUCACAAACUGGCCGGAGCUUCUAGCUCAGAAUAUCCCCUCGUCGAGCAAUUACUUCUUCUCCUAUAUGAUUUUGCAAGCGCUUUCCGUGAGUGCUGGAGCUCUGGUGCAAAUAUUCAGCCUUGUGAGUUGGUUUAUUCUUGCUCCAAUGUUGGAUUCAACGGCACGCAGAAAAUGGGCUCGAACCACCAACCUGAACCAGAUGCAAUGGGGUACAUUCUUCCCAGUGUACACUACUCUUGCAUCUAUCGGGCUGAUUUACUCCGUCAUUGCGCCCCUUAUCAUGGUAUUCAACGUGAUCACUUUUGGCUUGUUCUGGUUCGUUUACCGCUAUAACACCCUUUAUGUCACGAAGUUCCGCUUCGACACUGGAGGAUUACUUUUUCCCCGUGCCAUCAACCAGUUGUUCACGGGUAUCUAUGUCAUGGAGCUCAGUUUGAUCGGCCUCUUCUUUUUGGUCCGUGAUACCAACGGAGCUGUUUCGUGCAAGGGACAAGCAAUCAUCAUGAUCAUCAUGACAGCACUCACAGUGGGGUUCCAAGUUCUGCUAAAUGACGCUUUUGGGCCUCUAAUUCGUUACUUGCCCGUUACUCUGGAAGACGAUGCCGUACGCCGCGAUGAAGAAUUUGCUCGCGUACAGAGGGCACGAUUAGGUUUGGACGAUGAUGAGGAAGAAGAGGAAGCAGAGGGAGAGCCGGACACUCUCGAGCAUCAACUGAAGGAACGUGAACGCGCCGAAUUUCAGGCUAGUGAAGAAGCCCGCGAUAUUGAAAUGAAGAAACUCGAAGGCGGCGUAAAUAGGAGGGCGUCUGGGCUCAGGCACAAAGGACAGAGGCUUGACCCAGCGACCGCCGCCAACCUGAAUGCCUCCUCUCGUCGACCAUCUUGGGCCACUCAAACCGCCCAGUCUCCCCACCGACGAUCUAAGUUCUUUGGUGCAAACUCAGCAGAGUCUGUGCCCACCAUUCAACGGAUGCGCGAAAAGCUCGAUAAAGAUGCUGAAGCUCAAGGUCCAGUAACGGGUCAUUCCCGCAACUCUGCACUGUUUGCAGGCAUCCACGAUGAGCUGGAGGAUCUUACCCCCGACGAACGCGAUCAACUUGUCCAGCGAGCUUUCCAACACGACGCUCUUCGGUCCAAGCGUCCAGUCAUCUGGAUUCCUCGGGAUGAUCUCGGAGUCAGUGACGACGAGAUUUACCGCACCCAGCGCUUCAGCAAGCACAUCUGGAUUAGCAACGAGUACCAAGCGCUUGAUGGAAAGUGUCGCACCAUCUUCAGCCGCAGUCCACCUGACUUCUCUGAAGUCGAUCUCAUUCAGCUAUAG